CUUUAUGUUGACGUCGCGCCUUUUCUUCUUGUUCUGCCGAUCCAUGCCUGGAAGCGCCCGGUGGCUCUUGCGCCAGCAGGUCCAUUCACUCCUGCCCAGGAAUGUGCCCUGUGACCCGCAUUUUGUGCCACGGUACAACCCCUGAAACAGCGUUUGUGCCUGUGUCCCGACGGGGAUUUCUUCAAGAGCCUGCACUCCGGCCGCGUCCAGAUCAAAACUGAUACAAUCCACACCGUGACGCCCGCUGGGAUCAAGUUAUCAUCUGGUGAACAUAUCAAGGCGGAUGCCAUCGUAACAGCUACGGGACUACGUCUGCAAGUGGCGGGUGGCGUGCAUCUCACCAUUGACGGCCUCCCGCACAAUCUCCCAUCCAAGUAUCUCUAGCAUGGCAUGCUGCAACAGGACCUGCCCAACGCCGCCUUUAUGCUCGGAUACACCAACGCAUCAUGGACACUCGGUGCCAACGCCACGGCGCAUUUCAUCUACCGUCUUCUCCGCGAGAUGGACCGCAGAGACGCCAAGGCGGUGGUGCCGCGCUUGGAGGCGUCAGAUGCGCAGCGGAUGGAACAGCGCCCGUUGCUGAACCUCAAUUCUACCUAUGUGAAAGAGGCAGCUGGUGAUCUCCCACUUACGGGUGAUCGCGGGCCCUGGCAACCGUGUGACCACUACUGGAAGGACCUUGGUUUCGCCAGAAAUGGGGAUCUGGAUGACGGGCUGGAGUUUUUGCCGUGA